AUGUCGCUGGCUCCUGAAGACCACAAGGUGAUCGCAGACUUGCUGCAAAAGGCUGCCGCAGGGAGCCUUCUCCAGUCGAUGAACACACUCAUGCAGCACUUGUUCUCACGAAACCUCGCCUGGCGCCUCCGCCUGAACCCCGACUUGGUGGGGGUGCACUACGAAAACAGGGACGGGCAAGGGGUCUCAGCAUCCCACGUGCAGGACCUUAUUUCAUCGAUCGCAAGCAUAGGGUUCGUGGAGACUGAACUUCGCUCAGUCUGUGUGGAAGUACCGGACGACCACAGGGGAGACAGAGUGCGAGAAUUCAACCGGGCACUCGUGGCCGAGUCCAGUUCCAAACUGGCCCCUGUUGACAUGGGCAACAUCAGGUAUGCAAGUAUAGUCGGGAGCCACAGCAACCAAACGUUUCGUGCAUUCAGGGCUGCAGUCAUGCACCAUGACCAGAAGGUCACCAUCGACAACCGUUUGUCGGUGGAGAAGGUGGCUACCUUUGACCAGGCAUGGGCCACCGCCAUCAAGAACGGUGUUGAAUGGACCAUCAUUUCCUACAGUGUAACCGAAGCCUUCGAGCAGUUCGUGCCCCUGGCACAGUCAGCUGGCAAUACAGCGGCCCAAGUGGCCGCUGUGGAGCAUGAGCUACAGCUUGCAUCCAAGGUCAACAGGUCGAUUGAUGCCAUGCUGAAGAAGCAAGGCAAAAGCACUGUCCAGUACAGUGACAUUGCCCCAGAGAUUUUGCGGUCUCGGCCACCGAGUGCAUCGGCCUUACCGGGCAUAUUUGCCUUCGUGGUCAAAUGCGGAGGCGGAUGUGAUCCCGAAAGUUUCCUUUCGAAGUCGGAGCGACACAUUCGGGCGCGCGGCCAGCCCAAACGGUCGCUGGGUCCUGAGAUGUGGCAGGCCUUGUCCAGCGAGGUCAAAGGCAAGCUGCAGUACGUUCACUGGAGGCACAUGCUUCUCAAGCUUGCCUUCACCGGGCAGGACAAAGUGUUGUCGGCCAGUGAUGUGAGGAAGGCAUUGCAGGGAGGCAUGUUGGCAAAAGCAGCCGAGGCUGAAAAGAUGUCUAGGGACAUGCAGAGCAUCCUCAACUCCGCCAAUCAUCUCACACCAGAGGUCAAGUUUGCCACUUUGUCGGAAGUGGAAGUCGAGAUGGCUGCUGUGGCCCUUCGAAAAUUCGAUUCCACUGGGGCCUUGGUCAAUGAUGCGAGGCUGCAGGAGCUUGGUUUCCAAGUGGGGAACAUGGUGAUGCGAAAGGCGGACGAGGUGGUGGGAACCAUCAAGAAGAUGACCGCAGACCACGUGGAUCUGGUGUUGCAGGAUUUCAGUGCAUGCAGGGUGUCAUCACAGUCGUUCGUCGAGGGCCUUUGGCGCCAUCAUGUCCCAAAGGCCGAGGCCGUGCCUUUGCCAGAUUGUCGGGAUGUGCAAGUUAGCAAGGACUUCGGGCAAGGCAAGCUGUGCCUGCCUGUGACUUCACCGAGAUUGGACAUACGAUCCUCUAGCUCCACAAGCCCUUCCGGAUCCAUCAAAGCAGGGUGCAUCAAAACGUCCAGCGAGGACCACAUCCUGUACAUCCUGCCAAUGGUUCAGUUCCCCAAGGAUGGCCAGGGAAGUGGGCAGGGUUUCGUGAAUCCCACAUGGAUCAUGCGGACAACGAGCGACAGGACCGAGGCCAACAUGGAAGUCGUUGGCAAGGGCUCCGAGAAGUUGACUCCGGACUAUAGGAAGAUCCAGUUGCCUUAUGUGAAGAAUAUCAGGAAAGUGAGUGCGGGGCAGUCGCUGCUCCUGUAUCGCCCGGAGACGGGCAAACCCGAGCAGCCCGAGGCACUGAUCCGACUUUCGAAGAAACUUCGAACUCACUGA